AUGACUGACGACGGAAUUGAGCUCUCGCCGACUAGGCAGCGCUCCGCUGAUAUUAUGCCAAUGGGAAAUCCUUCACAAAGCUGUGAUAACUAUACAGCUGUCCAACAAGCUGUGAGCAACUUGGAUGGACUGGAAGGAGAGCGUGGAAAGGUGCAGGUGCUUGCCAUCAUGGUGGCUCUCUGCUUAUCCCUUUUUAUCGCUGCCUUAGAUCAAACGAUUGUCUCUACCUCUCUACCAACGAUUUCCUCGCGGUUACAUUCGGCAAGUGGCUAUACAUGGGUUGGAGGAGCAUACCUCCUGGCCAGUGCGGCAGCUGCUCCCAUCUGGGCAAAGCUAUCUGAUAUCUGGGGGCGCAAGCCCAUCCUUCUUGUUGCUGUUCUUUGGUUCAUGUUCAGCUCUAUUGUGUGCGCCGCCGCAGUAAACAUGAGGAUGUUAAUUGCUGGUCGAGCACUACAAGGUAUAGCAGGUGGUGGUCUCUUGCAACUGGUCAUGAUUGUUGUGUCCGAUUUGUUCAGUGUCCGGUCACGAAGUCUGUAUAUGGGCAUCCUUGAGUUUAUGUGGACUAUUUCCGGUGGCCUCGGACCAAUUCUUGGUGGUGUAUUCUCGGAAUACCUCUCUUGGCGAUGGAACUUCUGGAUAAAUCUUCCUAUCUGCGGAUUGGCAUUUAUAUUGCUCUUCUUUUACUUGAAUGUCCACAACCCGAAAACCAGGGUAACUGACGGGUUGAAAGCAAUUGAUUGGCUGGGAAGUCUGUCUAUCAUAGGCUUUACCCUGAUGGUACUCCUGGGUCUUAAUUUUGGGGGGGAAACGUUUGCCUGGAACUCGCCUCAAGUGAUUUGUCUGAUUGUCUUCGGGUCUCUUUUCUCGAUUAUAUUCUUCUGCGGGGAGAAAUAUGUCGCCAAAUACCCUCUGAUGCCCCUCAAAAUGCUGAAACAUCGAUCAAAUAUUGCUGUAUCGCUGGUUACAUUAUUCCAUGGUGCGUCAGCCAAGCAAGCCAGCCCGAUGCGCUCAGGGCUGAUGGUCCUUCCCCUGGUUCUGGCCGAAGGGGUCUUCAGCGGGAUUUCUGGCUGGUUAAUCCAUCGGACAGGCAAAUAUGCGGAACAAAUCUGGAUAGGGACUGUCCUUCUUACCCUCGGGACCGGCCUAUUUAUUCGGCUCAGUCCAACGUCCCCUCUAGUAGAACUAAUUAUAUUCCAAGUGAUUGGCGGAGCAGGAUCGGCGAUCUUAUUUGCGCCCCCUCUGAUUGCGUUGCAAGCAAUGGUCGCCCAAGAUGACACAGCAAGUGCCACGGCCAUGCUAGGCUUCAUUCGCACUAUCGCCAUGUCAGUCUCGAUUGUAGUUGGUGGGGUGGUCUUUCAAAAUAGCAUGGCAGGAGAGCGAAGCAGGUUAGAAGCAGCAGGACUGAUGGAUGAGAUUGUUGAAGAGUUAACUGGCGCUUCUGCCGCUGCCAGCACGGAGGUAAUCAAGACCCUCAAUGAUCCCUCCAAGAUUCGAACUGUCGCAGGUGCUUUCUCAUCCAGUUUACAAAACAUGUGGAUUAUGUACACCUGCAUGGCUGGUGUUGCUGUUCUUGCGAGCGCGUUCAUUGUGAAUCAGCCUCUAAGUGAGGAGCAUACAGAAACGAGGACAGGUCUCAAGGAAGAGUAG